GUCGUAGAGCUUGACGCGUAUGAUCUUACCCCUACACGUGUGUUUUCAUGGGAUGAAUUGGAUCCAAUGGUUAAGGGUGAUCAUGCAUCUCCCCAUUCUCAUUUCGAUGAGGCUACUGGAGAAUUGAUCAACUUUAAUAUGGAGUAUCAUACUAUGGAUACUACGUACACCUUUUUUUCUGUAUCACAGAAUAAUCAAACUCCUCAAUUGAUCGGCUCUGUAACGGCAAAAAUGUCUUAUGUACAUAGCUUUGGUGUCACUCCACGAUUCAUAAUUCUGGUUCUAUUUCCAUAUUAUCCAAAAAGCUCUGGAAUCAAUUUUACAUGGUCUGACAAUAUCGUAGAUUCUUUUGAAUUUAAAUCAAAUGAACCUACUUUAUUUUAUGUAAUUUCUAGAGAAAAAAAGCAGCAUGUCGCUAUUUAUAAAUCGGAUCCUUGUUUUGCGUUCCAUCACAUAAACGCAUUUGAAGAUGAUAAUGAUAAUUUAUAUUUAGAUAUUGCAUGCUACGAGAAUUCUGAUAUCUUAAAUGACCUUGAACUCGAAAAUCUUCGAAAAGGUUUAUCAAAGAGACUUCAAAUGGCUGAAGUUCGUAGAUAUGUAUUACAAAAUAUUAAACAAGAAUCAUUAAAGUUUGCAAAGCUUCCACAAGCAACUCGAAUGGGAAGCUUGCAAAUGGUGACAUCAAUGAUUUGGAGUCGAUCCACAACUCAAGAUUCUUCUUCUUUGCCCAUUGCCGACUAUCGUCUUCGAUACCGUUAUGUCUAUGGUAUUGGUGUUUCUGCCAAAGCAGCUGGUCAAGCAAAUCAAAUUUGGGACUCUCUUAUUAAAUGUGAUUUGGAUGCUAAAGAAGUAGUGGCAAUGUGGAGAUCAGAAGAUUGUUAUCCAUCAGAAGCGGUAUUUGUACCACAUCCUGAUAAAGACAGUCAUGAAGAUGAUGGUGUGUUAUUAAGUAUCGUAUUUGAUGGUGAAAAUAACAAGAGUUUUCUUUUGGUACUUGAAGCGAGAACAAUGAAUGAAUUGGUAAGAGCCGAUCUACCACAAGUUGUGCCAUUAAGUUUCGGACAUGGGACUUUUAAAAGGAAUGUUUAA